AUGAACUUCCACUCCUUCUUAUGGGCUAGCUUAUUUGUGCUAGUUAAUUUUGCACUUGUUGAUGCAAGCCCCAUCCAUCUUAAUGAAACAACGACUACAGCCUAUGUUAGAAAUAAUGUUACUUUAUCUGAAACGGUUCCAUUACAUUCCAGACAUGGAAAAAGCCGUUCUAGAGAAGGCUACGGAUCUACUGCCGUUGUGAAACUCGUGGAAACACAUACUGAAUACUACAGAGAAGUUGCAACCACCUCUACUGUUGUCAUUGAUGAAACAAAGACUAUAACUACAGAUUGUAUGACAACUGUUACUGAAAAACACCACUGUGAUGCUUGCUUUGUUUCUGAAAUAAUCAACACGCUUGAAACAACUAUCACAAUCAGUGAUAAUAUGGUUGUCCCUGUUCCUACUGAAGAAGCAAGUUGUAAUGCGUGUUACACCGCAGUUAUUACCAUCACGAAAACAGAAUACCACGGUUGUGACAAUACCCUCAUCGAUACCUCUACCAAUACGGAUACAAUGACCGAAGACUGUGAUGAGUGCUAUUAUUCCAAAGUAGUUGAAUCAUUCCUGACAGAAGUCACUGAAACUGAUUCAGUUGGAGUACCUAUCACCUUGCUGCCAGCUAUCUCAACCAGUGAAACCGGAACAGUUAUACCCAGUUCAGUCAGUUACGCAAAUACCAGUUUGCCCGGUUCUACAAGAACCAGUUUGCCCAGUUCUACAAGAACCAGUUUGCCCAGUUCUACCAGAACCAGUUUGCUGAGUUCUACAAGAACCAGUUUAUUCAGUUCUGCAAGAACGAGUUUAAUCAGUUCCAAUUCUACUAUUAGAGAUUCUACAUUUGAUUUCAGCACAACUAGUGCUCCAAUUGCUUCAAUCACAUCUAAACUGUCAGAGAGCAGCAAAAAACCCUCCAAACCUACUUCUACGGCUAUUCCAAAAGUUACUGCUGAUGUGUACGCUGAUAUGUACUUAUCAAAAGACUUGAAUAUCACGUUUGCUAAAGAGAUUCUAGACUAUCACAAUCGCAGAAGAAAUAUUCAUCAAGCUCCAGACUUGAGCUGGAACAAAACUCUUUAUGAUUACGCUCAAGCUUACGCCGAUCGUUACACAUGUGGAGCUCCAUUAGUUCAUAGUGGAGGUCCAUACGGGGAAAACAUAUCUUCAGGAUAUUCAACUCCCGCAAGGGGAGCUAGAAGUUGGUAUAAUGAAAGACACGCUUUCAAAUAUGGUAUUGAUGAUCUCGGUACUUCGGGUCACUUUACUCAAAUGAUGUGGAUAUCUACAACACAGCUUGGAUGUGCUUAUAAGGAUUGUGGUACGCGGGGUCUUGCUCCUGAAAAUGUCAAACCAGCACUUACUACUGAUUUAUCAUAUUGA